UUUAUCAUCGUAUCAGAUAAUUCCCCUCAAUUAAAAUCAGCGGAAAGAAUUAGUUUGGAUUAAAAGGUAUGAAUUUGAUUGAGACCCCAGGAUCGCUUAUCACGGGUCGACUAUUGGACCUCAAACGCCCAUAAUAUUUUAUCAACGUCUCAUCGAAAACAAGGGAGCAACCUGGUCGCAUCAAAAUGACGAGGAUUCGGCCCUUUUUUCUAAUGGUUGUGGCGGGAUGGUGUGUUCUGCAAGGGACCGAAGUUCAGUCACAGGAUCCCUGCUUACCCGGUAAUCAUCAGGAGAUAAACCAGCCAGAGAGGAGUAUCAACUACACCACGGACCCCCUGAAAGUUUCUUGCGACAAGUAUAUGUCCCCGGGGUGGUACCGGUUCACGAGCCCGGCGGGUUGGGAGAUGCCCACGGAGUGUGUGCCCCAGAUGAGGUGCGGGACCAUGUUUCCCAUCUGGCUACAGGGAGACACUCCCCCACGCGACGGCCAGGAACACGACCUACCUGCCUGUAUCACAGUUGGAAGUGCUUGCUGUGCACUGACCUUUAACAUCACUGUCAAGAGAUGCAAUGACUUUGCCGUCUAUGAACUCUUCCCCAUCACGACAUGUGACAUGGGAUACUGUGCAGGGACUGAAGUGAAGUGUCCGCCUGGCCUGUCGUCUGAGACUGGCUAUACACCGUGUUACAGAGCCCCUGAGAUAAAGGAAAUUCCACAGCUCAACAUAAUCGAGUUGGAAGACGAGUUUCAGUUCCAGUGUAACAUAUCCAGCAACAAUAACAGUAAGAUAGUGUACGAGAUGGGAUAUUUCGCUGAGAAUCAACUCCUCAACAAGGAGGAGCUGGAACUCGAGAAGAACCACUUGCUGUUGAAGGAGCCUAAUAUGAACCACGGUGGGAAAACCAUCUUGGGAAGGACGCUUUACUGCCGCGUACGUGCACGCUUCCACGACAAACCGAACCAGUUUGGACGUUGGGUUAAAAGUCCUGGUUAUUUUAUGGGAAUCGAGAUUGUGAACAAUUACAAAAACGUCAGCCUGGCGGAGACGGACGGCCAACAGUUCAUCUACCUGAAGUCAACCAUUCCUUUCAAGUGCAACUCGCUUUACUACAAUAGUCUAUCGAACGGACAGAAAAAAAGGCAAUGUAAAUUAGAAGUCAUGGUGGAGAAUACAAACUCGGACGACAGACCACUCAGGUGUCCCAACGGGAAGAAAAUCCCGCAGGUUAAGUUUGGGAAAUGUAUGAUUGAGCUGGACAUGGACAACUGGAACGACGUCCACGCCAUUCCUAUCAAGGCGACAAGAGAUUUUAAGUAUGACGGGGUCAGAAUGCGACAGGUGGAAUUCAUCCCCAUCGUGUCCAAUAUGCAAAAUAUCUGGAAUGGAUACAAGCUUGAAAACUAUCAGAUCACGGCUGAAGACUUCAUCGACCAGAAGGCAUACUGCAAGUCACAGAAUGAUCCCCACAUGCUCACAUUUGAUGGACAUUAUUACAACAACUAUCUUGAAGGGGAGUUCAUCUUCUACCGACAUAAGGCGCUUCCUUUUGAGGUUAGAACUUUCUACAAAAAGUGCAACGGAUUUGCAUCUUGCAACUGCGCAGUCGCAGCCAGGGCUGGAGAUGACGUCAUCGUGGUCGACCGCUGUAACAGCGUGCAGGAAGUGACCAUCUUCAAUACCGACCGAGUGGUGAAGACGAGCGUUCUGAAGACAAGGGUCGUCUCACAGGACACUACAUUUACUGAGGGAUUUAGACUUCUGACGCUGAACAAUGGGCUACAAUACGAGAUUUAUUUCCCUCAUGGGGCAUUCGUGCGCAUGAUCCUCACAAACGGUGACAAGUACCUUGAGUUCAUGAAUGUUUACAUGUACCCCUCCCCAGACGACUUUGGUCAAGUGGAAGGACUGUGCGGCACUUUUGACAAGAAUGUUGCAAACGAUCUUAUGCUGAGAGAUGGAACCGUCUAUACUGGCCGUGGGACAAACAGAGGUGGCCAGCCAAAUGACUUCAAUACGAACUGGAGAGUCUGGGCGAACGAAAGCUUGUACAGCGGUCAAAGCCCACAAAAGACGCCUUUCGAACAGAGUACUUAUUGUAACUGCAUCCGCGAGAAGGGUAUGGGUCCAAAAGGAGGGGACGACUGGCUGCAGUGUCGGUUCACCAAUGAUGUUGAGCUGUGUGAGCUGAUAGGCAAGGAUAUCACCAAGGAGAAACAGUACCAGUUCCAGCAAGAGUGGCAGGGUAACGCUAGGACGAUUGAAUUUGAGUUCGACGAGAAUUUUGAUCCCAUGAACGUUACCUGGCCUACACCAAGUGGUUGGACAGAAGCAAAGGCGAAGAAGUUCUGUGAGGACUUCAUCAAACGGUCGGCGGCAGCCCGAGCCUGUAGUAACUUGACUAUCGACUUGGAUCUCGAACACGACAUUGAGAUGUGCAUGGAAGAUAUCAAGUUGUGUGACUGCACAGACUUUGCCAUGGGAGCAAUCGAGGACAUAAAGGAGAAAUGCAGCGCAGAGAUAAGAAAGAACGUUACACUUUGGGUGGAUGUCCCCGGCCUCAACUACACUGUCCCGCCACCUAUUCCGAUGUGCAUCAACGAAUGCAGCUUCCAAGGCGAAUGCGUGUCCGAUGGUGUCUGUGUUUGCGACAAAGGAUGGGCGGGUAUUGACUGUUCCAUCGAUGCUACCAAGCCGCCAGACGCCUACUUCAUCCCGGCCGGUGGUCGAUGCGAUAUCAGAAAGUAUCGAUGUGAAAGUACGCCCGUCUAUGGAAGAGGUUUUCAGGAUAUCUCUACACUGUCUUGCAGGUUCGAACCAUAUGAUUUGGAGACAAAUCAACCUCUGAUGUUCGCCCUCCGCGAGACAAAGCCCGCCCAGUUUGAGAAUUUUGGUGAGGUGGUCUGUCCCACUCCAGUCUCGCGAUUGAAGCGCUCAACCGCUGGCGUCGCCAAUGAAGGCUUCCUAGUCUCAGUCACCAAUGAUGGGAAGACGUUGAGUAACAAGGUUCUGUUUGUCAAGUAUGACUCCAGGUGCCAGCAGUGCAAUGAGACAGGCUACUGUACCGUCAAGCCUGGCACGUGUAUGGUCGAGAAUGCUUGCUUUAUGAAAGAUGACUUCGACCCUGAUAACGAGUGCCAGAAGUGUGUCCCAAGUCAAUCCACCACAACGUGGAUGCACAUCGAAGGUUGUACGCUAAACACUGGCCUUCCUGCCUGGGCAUAUGGCGCUAUUGGUGGAGGGGCUGCCCUCUUGCUUAUCAUCGCCAUCGUUCUUAUGGUGAAACUCUGCUCAAAACCGUCGCAAGUUGCUGCAGCGCCAAUGACUAAGAUGCAGCAGUUUUCUUAGAGCUAAGGGGCAGUUCAGUCGAGGACAAUGUCCACAAGGUGCUUGGACGAAAUUAGUGCAAGAGCGAUGAUUAUUGGUGUAAGGACGAAAGACUACUCCUCUCUGGGUACUGAAGCGGACUUCCGUCGUUCUGAUUGCUGGGACAAAAAUUCAUAUCGUAUAAAACUUAUAUCAGACUUUCAUCUCUAAUUCAGGUCGACUUCUGAAAUUUUCUUUGCGAGUCGAUCGAUCAUGUUUGUAAAGAUUGAUAUACAAUAAACGGUCA